AUGCCGGAACUGAAUGUUGAUAUUCUCGUUAUCGGUGCGGGGCCUACGGGUCUCGGUGCUGCCAAACGUCUGCACCAGAUUGAUGGCCCUUCGUGGUUGAUUAUCGACUCCAAUGAGAAGCCCGGUGGUCUCGCCUCGACUGACACCACCCUGAGGCUCUACGAUGUCGGUGGCCACGUCAUCUUCUCUCACUACAAAUAUUUCGACGACUGCAUCAACGAGGCUCUUCCCAAGGAGACCGACUGGUACACCCACCAGCGAAUUUCUUACGUUCGAUACAAGGGUCUCUGGGUCCCAUACCCCUUCCAGAACAAUAUCUCGGUGCUUCCCAAAGAAGACCAGGUGCGAUGCAUCAAUGACCUGAUCGACGCAGCCCUCGAGGCUCGCGCCCGCGCUCCCACCGAUAAGCCCAAGGACUUUGACGAGUGGAAUGUCCGCAACAACGGCGAGGAGAUCACCAAGAUCUUCAUGCGUCCUUAUAACUUCAAGAUGCAAACCGGCUGGCUCGGCGAGCGUGUUGCCGCCCCUAACCUCAAGGCUCUCACCAACAACGUGAUCUUGAACAAGGUGGCCGGAAACUGGGGUCCGAAUGCGACCUUCCGAUUCCCUGCCCGGGACGGUACCGGUGGUAUCUGGACCGCGGUGGCAGGGACUCUGCCAGAUGAGAAGAAGCGAUUCGGAAAGAGUGGCAACGUGACCAAGGUCGAUAUCCCUGGCCACAAGGUCUUCCUUGAGGAUGGCACCACCAUCAAGUAUGGGAAGCUUAUCUCGACCAUGGCGGUCGACUUUCUGGGUCAGAUCUCUGGUGACAAGAAGGUCAUUGAAGCUUCUAAGGACCUUUACUACUCGAACACUCACGUUAUCGGUGUUGGUAUUCGAGGUUCCCGCCCAGAGCGUAUCGGUGACAAGUGCUGGCUGUAUUUCCCCGAGGACAACUGCCCCUUCUACCGUGCCACCAUCUUCUCCAACUACUCUCCUUAUAACCAGCCUGCCGACGAUGUGCAGCUCCCUACUCUCCAGCUUGCAGAUGGCCAAAAGGGCAACGACGGCAGCCCCCGCCCAGGCCCCUACUGGUCAAUCAUGCUGGAAGUUUCCGAGUCGAGCAUGAAGCCCGUUGAUGAGUCUACCAUUCUCGCCGACAGUAUCCAAGGCCUCGUCAACACCGAGAUGCUCAAACCCGGUGACGAGAUCGUCAGCACCUACCACCGUCGCUUCGACCACGGCUACCCCACCCCCUCCCUGGAGCGGGACGGCGCUCUCAAGGAGAUCCUCCCUCACCUGUACAACAACGACAUCCUCUCCCGUGGCCGCUUCGGAUCCUGGAAGUACGAGGUCGGAAACCAGGACCACUCGUUCAUGCUAGGUGUCGAGGCUGUUGACAACGCUGUCAACGGUGCUGUCGAGCUCACCCUGAACUACCCCGACUUCGUCAACGGCCGCAAGAACACCGAGCGCCGUCUCGUCGACGGAGCCCAGGAGUUCAAGCAGAAGAAGUUGGAGAUCCGCUAG